CCCCGGAAGUCGGUGUCCGGAGCAGCGGGACAGCGAGGCGGCGGCUCUAGAAAGCGGAGUGGAACGUUCUCGCCAUCAUGAGUCGCAACUACAAUGAUGAGCUGCAGUACUUGGAUAAGAUCAAUAAAAACUGCUGGCGAAUCAAGAAGGGCUUCGUGCCUAACAUGCAGGUUGAAGGAGUUUUCUAUGUGAAUGAUGCUCUGGAAAAAUUAAUGUUUGAGGAGUUAAGAAAUGCCUGUCGAGGUGGUGGUGUUGGUGGCUUCCUGCCAGCGAUGAAACAAAUAGGCAAUGUGGCAGCCCUGCCUGGGAUCGUUCAUCGAUCUAUUGGACUUCCUGAUGUGCAUUCAGGUUAUGGGUUUGCUAUUGGGAAUAUGGCAGCCUUUGAUAUGAAUGACCCUGAAGCAGUGGUAUCCCCAGGUGGCGUCGGAUUUGACAUCAACUGUGGUGUCCGCUUGCUAAGAACCAAUUUAGAUGAGAGUGAUGUCCAGCCGGUAAAGGAACAACUUGCCCAAGCUAUGUUUGACCACAUUCCUGUUGGUGUGGGAUCAAAGGGAGUCAUCCCAAUGAAUGCCAAGGACUUAGAGGAGGCCUUGGAAAUGGGUGUGGACUGGUCCCUAAGAGAAGGCUAUGCUUGGGCUGAAGACAAAGAACACUGUGAGGAGUAUGGAAGGAUGCUGCAAGCUGAUCCCAAUAAGGUCUCUGCAAGGGCUAAGAAGAGAGGCCUUCCUCAGUUGGGGACCUUGGGAGCAGGCAACCACUAUGCAGAAAUCCAGGUUGUGGAUGAGAUAUUCAAUGAGUAUGCUGCUAAGAAAAUGGGCAUCGACCAUAAAGGACAGGUGUGUGUGAUGAUCCACAGUGGAAGCAGAGGCUUGGGCCACCAAGUAGCCACAGAUGCCCUGGUAGCUAUGGAGAAAGCCAUGAAGAGAGACAAGAUUAUUGUCAAUGACCGUCAAUUGGCUUGUGCUCGAAUUGCCUCCCCUGAGGGUCAGGACUAUCUGAAGGGAAUGGCAGCAGCUGGGAACUAUGCCUGGGUCAACCGCUCUUCCAUGACCUUCUUAACCCGUCAGGCCUUUGCCAAGGUCUUCAACACAACCCCAGAUGACUUGGACCUACAUGUGAUCUAUGAUGUUUCUCACAAUAUUGCCAAAGUAGAACAACACGUAGUGGAUGGAAAGGAACGGACACUGUUAGUACACAGGAAGGGGUCCACUCGAGCUUUCCCUCCUCAUCAUCCACUCAUUGCUGUUGAUUACCAAGUACGUACUAAACCAUCUGUGAUUUUAAACAGUAGAGGCAUGGUUUCUCUUUAUAGAUCUAAAUAUGGAUCAAGGUAAGUAGGAAUCUUUAAU